CCACGACGGUGCGCACGCGCAAACAAUACAUCCGGUGUGGUCGUCGGGUCUUGAUCGGAGAAUCUUGUGUGCAGUCAUGUCGGCAUCGGUAGUGUCUGUCAUUUCGCGGUUCUUAGAAGAGUACUUGAGCUCUACUCCGCAGCGUCUGAAGUUACUGGACGCGUACCUGCUGUAUAUACUGCUGACCGGGGCGCUGCAAUUCGGUUAUUGUCUCCUCGUGGGGACCUUCCCCUUCAACUCUUUUCUCUCGGGCUUCAUCUCUUGUGUGGGGAGUUNCCGUCUCAAAAAAAAAAAAAAAGAAAAGAAAAAAGAAAAAUGGGGAUGCUUCAUUACAAUGUGA